AAUAAGAAUAUCCGAUUGUUAAACUUGAUUGUGUUUGAUUGGAAAUGUCCAAUCACUGUAUCGCUUUGAUUAACACUUGCCGAUAGAUACAGUUUACGAAAAUCGCAGUACCAAAAAGAAGACUAGGCUUAAUCUAGUGUUACUAAACUGUCGAUUUUAAACUUCUUUAAUUUUCUCUUCUACUUCAGUCUAUUGAAAAAAUACGUACGGGCGCUUGUGAUGAAAAUCUUCUAUGUGCACACCAAAUUCACAUGUAAUAUACUUUGAUAUAAAAAAUAUUCAUGCCUUUUUGUUUGGGAAAUUAUACAACCCAUAAUAUGGAGGAAUAUGCUGUAGUAUCCGACAUAUCAGUUGUAGAUGUUUAUGAUAUUGCAUCUGAAAUAGGGAAAGAAUGUGAGAAACUGAUAGAUUCUUAUGGAGUAGAAUCUGUAACCAAUCUUAUGCCAAAAGUAAUACAUGCAUUAGAAUUACUAGAAAAUCUUGCAACCAAAAAUGAACGUGAAAACACUACAGUUCAAGAAUUACAAGCAAAGAUUUCACAAUUGGAAAGUGAUAAAAUUGAAAAAGCUGAAGAUAGACAAAGAUUUGAAAAGGAACUAGAACAAAUUGAAGAACAUUGGCGUCAAGAAUCACGUGACCUUGUAGAAAUGGUUACAAGGUUACAAGAAGAAAAUAGACGAUUAUCAGAAGCUCUACAAGAAUCACGUAGUGAUAGUCAGUACAGCAGUAAACAAACUUUUACAGCUAGUCAAGAAGUUGAUAUUGCAGUAUUGCAGCAUUUAAGAUCUAUGAUAGAUAAACAAAGAGAUCAAAUCCGAGGAAGAGACAAAGAACUACUGCAAAAAAAUAUGGAAAUAGAAAAUCUGACAGCACAGGUUGAAAAACUUGGAGUUGUCGGUCGAGAAUUAAAACGGAAACAGCGUCAAGCUCAAAUGCAAGCACGUGGUUUAGUAGAAGAACGAGCAGACUUCUUAGCUCAGCUACAAGAUCAAAAUCGUGAAUUGAUAAAUCUUCGAGCCCGCCUUGGUUUAGCAAAAAAAGAAAACGAAGAUUUAAGUAAAUUACAGGGUUGCCCAGAUUUAACAAAUAAGGCUAUAUAUGAUUUAGAUGAUCCUGACAGACCAAGAUUUACUACUGCUGAAUUGAAAGAAAUUUUACAUGAAAGAAAUGAAUUAAAAGCUAGAGUAUCAGAUUUAGAAGAUGAAUUAGAAUUAUAUCGACCAAAACCUGAAACAGUUGAAGAUGAUAAAGAUGCUCCUGUUCAAGGCCCUCUUCCUUAUGAACCAGAUGAUGCACCUUGGAAAAAGACAUCUGAAUCUGGAAUUCGUAAAUUUUUCCGGAAAAUUUUCUCAGAGUCUAGCAGUAGUUUUUUAGUUGGUAGUAGUCCACGCCGAAGUCUUUCUAGUUUGUCAAAAAUGGCUCUCUCUGGAAACAGUACAUAUGAUGAAUCUAUAUAAUGGUUUUCAAACAAAAUAAUUUUUAACAUUCUAUGAAGAUUAAUUGAACGUAAUGUUCUCGUAUUUAUUCAUAUCAUUUUAUAUUCUAAUAACAAUAUUUAAUUUGUUUUAAUGAAUUGAAAGUAAUAUAUCUUUCUUGAGUUAUUGAGACUAGGACUAUAAGACUAGGAAUAUUAAAUGACUAAAAGGAUGUAAUUAAAUAUGAUUUAAAAAAGACAAAAGCACGAUUAUUUAUACUUCUGCAACAUCGCAUUUAUCAAGUAUUAAAAUAAUCUAAAACGAAUUAUAUAUAAAUGUAUGUUAACAAUUGAAUUGACGUGCCUCCAAAGUUAAAAAUGUUGAUAAAAAAUGAUGCAUACAGUAGUGUCUUAUUAUUUUCAUUCGUAUUAUAUAAAAUAUAG